UGAGGGUGUAUCACCAUGGAGACGAGGCCGCUGCCAUUGGCUGGCGCCAGGGGCUGGGGCUAUAAAGCCGGGCCCGGAGCGCAGUGCACUAGCAGUGUUGGCCGGACUCAGACGGUGUCGCCCGCGGAGCGGAAAGGGCAGGAUCUCAGCGCGGCCGUCGGCGACACCAUGGAGAAAAACGAAUUCACGUACGAAGAUUACCAGAGCACCGCUGAGUGGCUUCUGUCUCACACCCUGCAUCGACCUCAAGUGGCAGUGAUCUGUGGUUCUGGGUUGGGAGGUCUGACUAAUAAAUUAACUCAGGCCCAGAUCUUUGAAUACAGUGAAAUACCCAACUUUCCCCAAAGCACAGUGCAAGGUCACGCCGGCCGGCUGGUGUUUGGGUUCCUGAAUGGCAAAGCCUGUGUCAUGAUGCAGGGCAGGUUCCACACGUAUGAAGGGUACUCACUGUCAAAGGUGACAUUCCCGGUGAGGGUCUUCCAUCUUCUGGGUGUAGACACUUUGGUAGUCACCAAUGCAGCUGGAGGACUCAACCCCAAUUUUGAAGUUGGAGAUAUCAUGCUGAUCCGUGAUCACAUCAACCUGCCUGGUUUCUCUGGUCAAAACCCUCUCCGAGGCCCCAAUGAUGAAAGGUUUGGAGUCCGUUUCCCUGCGAUGUCUGAUGCUUAUGACCGGAAUAUGAGACAGAAGGCUUUGACUGCCUGGAAACAAAUGGGGGAGCAACGGGAAUUACAGGAAGGCACCUAUGUGAUGUUGGCAGGACCCAACUUUGAGACCGUGGCAGAGAGCCGCCUGCUAAGAAUGCUGGGAGCAGAUGCUGUUGGCAUGAGCACGGUCCCGGAAGUUAUCGUUGCACGACAUUGUGGGCUCCGUGUCUUCGGUUUCUCACUCAUUACUAACAAGGUUGUCAUGGAUUACGCAAACCUGGAGAAGGCCAAUCACCAGGAAGUCUUAGAAGCUGGAAAAGCAGCGGCACAGAAGCUGGAACAUUUUGUCUCCAUUCUUAUGGAGAGCAUUCCAUCCCGGGAGCAUGCUGCCAGCUGACCGGCCUCGGGUGCUCGGUGCUGCCCUGGUGGGGUCACUAGUCUCUGCUGUCAGAUUGUAGCAGAAAGGGAGAGGAGGAUCCCUGCCCUUCACCCCCCAAUGUCUCCCGCUGUUCUGAUGACCGUCUCUGUUGCUCAGCUGCCUUCACAGAACCGUUGAACUUUGACUCCUUUGGAGGAGCCGGAGCUCGCCGCCCCACCACGGUUGGGACUUCCGCCUUCAAACAGUACCUGCUAGGUCUCCCAUGUUCCUCUGGGCUCAGCCUGGCUCCCCUAACGCACUAGAGACCAAAGACCAACCCAAUACCUCUCUAUUUAGUACCACAAUGUUUGGAGAAUAAAGAGAUCACACGCUU